GGGCAUAUGAUGCUUUGUUCAUCAUUGAGGGAUCGAAUACAGCCAUGGCUUCGCGAUUACGAUAGCCUUCAAUCUUUCGCCGUCAUCCUCAUCUACAUUCAGAUUGGUAGCGCGUUGAUUGGAUCACUGGGCGCAUUGUACAACGGAGUGUUGCUGAUAAAUCUGUCCAUCGCGUUGUUCGCUCUGGUAGCCAUAGAGAGCAGCAGUCAAAGCCUUGGGCGUACCUAUGCGGUUCUCCUCUUCUGCGCUAUCUUCCUCGAUAUCUUCUGGUUCAUCCUCUUCACUCACGACAUUUGGAACAUUUCUACUGUUUAUUAUGGACAAUUCAUUAUAUUUUCAGUGAGACUCACUCUGGCAAUGCAAAUCAUUGGGUUUACUGUGAGGUUGUCAUCCUCAUUGUUAUGGAUUCAGAUUUACAGGUUGGGGGUUUCGAAUGUUGACACUACAGUUUCUCAAGAAGCAGAUUUUGAUUUAAGAAGUAGUUUUCUGAGUCCUGCAACUCCUGCUGUAGUCAGGCAAUCCUCAGAGUCCGAUGACAUUUUAGGAGGAUCUAUCUAUGACCCUGCUUACUACUCAUCUCUCUUUGAUGGUCAAGAUAGUAGACGUUCGUGUGGGGGUCAAAAUCAGGGUAAUGGUGACAAGGGAUCUACUUCUGCUGCCGAAGCUUCUCAGUUGAAGCCAUCUGUAGGCAGAUCAUUUCAGGCUAUAGAUGAGGAGGUUGGAGCAAGCCAGCCUCAAACAAUUUGAACUUAAGUGUGGUAUCCAUGAAAUUUUUUUCUCCUCGGUAUCCACUCCAUAAUUAUUGUUCUGAGGUUUCUUUUCAUUAGUAAAUGCGGCCAGACUGUAUCGGAGUAGGUUUUGUACAGUUACAAUUUUUAGCCAUUUUUUUUUUUCCGAGGGUAAAAGCGCUGCUUAUCAAAGUUAAAGGAGACCUAUUUCCCUUUAUCUGUAGGGAGUGUGACAGUGUCAAAAGGUUUUGCCAUUUGAGAGCCGUAUUUGAAUUAUGCUAUCCUGGCUAGGCCUGUCUAGUGCAUAUGGGUGUAUUCUCCUGGAAACGUUACAGCUGCAGCUAGGCAAUCCAGUUUUGGCUCGUACUGAAUUCUGAUUUCCAUGGUGGUGGAUCUAGGCUAGCGCCACCAAUGUUGUCGUGUUCAGCUACCCUAAGGCUUUGUUUGGUAAAUGAGUUGGGGUUUCCUUCGUUACUAUUUAUUACCAUUUUUCAAAAAAAUUAAUAUCAAAAUAUUCUAACUUUUUUACUUUUUAUAUCACAUCAACAUCAAAACAUUUUAACAUUUUUACUUUUUAUAUCACAUCAUUCACUUUUUAUUAUUAUUCAAAUAAAAAAAUUAUUACAGAACAAAAAUUUUUCACUUUUUUCAUAACCAUUUUUUUACUUUUUUAUACUAAUUUUUUUUUUUUUUUUAACAUCAAUCUACAUCAACUAUAGUGUCUAGGCUAACCUAUUUACCAAAUGCCACCUUAAUUGCAUGUUGUUCCCCAAGUCAGAUUGGCAAAAGCCUUUCAGAUCCUAGUGGCUUACUUCUUUCACUUCAUUUUUUGGUGGGUUUGACAGCCCGUUCAAAUGUCAUGAUUCAUGAAAUAUAGCUGCAAUAUUUUCAAAGUGGAUGAAUAUAUUCCAUGUAUUGUUGUUUUUUCAUUCUAAUCAUGCUUUUACUACAAUUACCAGGAUGUAAUCAUAAAUUAUGUAGGUUAUAUUAACAAUUGCAAUUUCACGAGUC